AUGCUAACCGUGCACGAGAUGGCAGAUAUGGUGGGAUACCAGCCCACUGACGAGGAUCAUCCUGUUCUAAAACUUGAAAAAAUAUUGAGGGAGAAGAAUUCAGACGAAGAUGCAAUCGCUAACGCUCACUUCUUGACCGAUCACAUUCUAAAGUCAAAGACUACAGAGGAACCUGCAACGCCACCCGAAAUUCAGGAACCGGUGUUGCCGGCGCCGGAAAGCCUGCGAACUGGUAUCGUGCGAUAUAAUGGAGAUAGCGAACGCGUACGUGUGCGGUGGCGGCGAGGGGUGAGCGGGGCGGUGCGGCGCCUGGCGGGCUGCCUGCACGCGCGCCCGACCCCGCGCCCUGCGACGACAAGCGGCCCCCCGUGGCAUUGUCGCGGCCGCGAGCGGAGGGGUGUGCGGAUGCGUUCCGCUCCCGCCCCCCCAACACUUCGCGCCCCCCCUCACUGCACGUGGACGACUUCACCGCGCUGCACCAGCCCUAACACCGCUGCACAGAUCAAUAGAGGUUCUCGUCGCGGUAUUGCCGUGUCUGAUCGCGGGCGCUUCGCCUCAGCUGCGCCGCUGCACCACUACCGCCACCUUCGCGGACGCGGCGCGUGGGAGAUGGGCGCUUCACAAAUUCGGACACUUCCCGCCGGCUCGCAGUAUAUGAUGGGUUAG